AUGUUGGUGAUCGUGUCGUGGGUUUCAUUUUGGCUGGACAGAACAGCAGUUCCGGCAAGGGUAACACUCGGGGUGACGACUCUUCUCACGAUGACAACACAGGCAUCUGGUAUAAACGCCAAGUUACCACCUGUUUCCUACACGAAAGCAAUCGACGUUUGGAUUGGCGCCUGUCUUACCUUCAUCUUUUGUGCUCUGCUUGAAUUCGCUUGGGUCACCUACGUAUCUUCGAGGAAUUUCGCCAAAGCCACUCGGAACGAGCCUCGAUCGGGUUCUUUAGUCGUCGCUAACCAGCAAGUAGUACUCCCCAAUACAGCGAUUGAUUUUCGAUCAAACAAUGCCAACGCUGAAACUGAAGUUUGGGUGAAGCGGCGAGAGUUCGAUGACGCCGCCGAAUUGUUGGUGCUCGGACCACGGAGGAAUCCUAGCCGGUGA